AUGAAGGUAAUAUUCUACUUAGCAUGUUUUACAUCUGCACUUGCUUAAGACUUUAAAAUUAUUUUCACUGCCUUUGAAGGCUCUAAUUGGAAUGAUAAGGGUAAAAAAUUUAUUAAAAUAAGAAUGGUUUUAUUCUGAUAUAUAUGGGGGAAUAUUUGGUUAUUGUGAAAACGAAAUGUUAUUUGGUGGACAUUAUGUAUUUGGAGCAAAUUCCUUAGCUUCUAGACAAUUCAUUCUUCCCCCUCAUUAUAAUGUAAAAAUUUAAUUAAGAUUUUGGAAGUAUUGAAAUUUUUAAUAUUAGAAUUGAUAGUUGGGAUGGAGAAUUCUUCUAAUUAAUAGCUGAUCACUAUGUUAAAAUUUUCCAAUUUUGGCCAAACGAUGGAGGAGAUUAUUGUGGUCGUGGAAAGAAAGGAAAUAAUGAUUAGGUAGUUGAUAUUGAGUUUAGUAUUCAACAUUAUUCACAACUGUUUGCUUUAAUAAUGACUUCAAGUUUAGAUGAACAUGCAUAUAAUGUAAUAGUUUUAAGAUAAUAGGAAUCAUGGGGGGUUAGUAGAUUUAAGUUAUCGAUUUUAGAAUGUUUUGUAGGUUGCUUAAGUUGUGAAGAUUCAACUUCUUCAUGCCUAAUAUGGAGUAGCUUAGCAUCAUAUUGGCAAACUUAAAUGAACGAGGAUGGAUGGUUAAUUAAUGGCAAUUAAAUAGUAGGAUUUAGUUAUUGCGGUGGUAUUUAAAUUGUUGGAGGAACUUCUAUAUUAAGGCAAGGCGACAGUUUAGAAAAAACCUUAAAAGAUUUACCUAACCACUAUUAGAUUCAGAUUGUAGUUAAAAUAUGGGCUUUAGGUGAUUGGUCAAACGAAAAUUUAAUUUGAUAAUC